AUGCUGCGCCGCAGUCUGUGCAUGCUGGCGCCGUCGCCGGCAGCUGCGCAAGGAAACGAAGUCAUCGUGUCCGGCGGUGGUCUUGUUGGGGCUGCCAUGAUGGCCUCUCUACAGCAGCUGCGCAGCCAUCUUCACAGAAGCAGCGCCGCGCCGCUCCUAGCCUCGCACCUGGCCCGUCUGAUGCUGGUAGACUCGGGGAAGCGGCCGGUUUACGACGCUGCCAACAUGAUGCACACACUUCGCACCGUCAGCAUCACGCCCGUGUCAAGCAAGAUCAUCGACAGCCUCGGCGCCUGGGACCAACUUACCACCAAGCAUCCGUACUACCGCAUCGCCGUGCGCCACGAGCAGGCGAACAGCCCCUUCCUCGGUGCAGGCGGUCGCUCCUCAUCCUUCUUCAUGACCAGUGUUCUGGGCAAUAGGACGAGCUGUGAGCCUCUCCUGGAGUUCACCGACUUGCGCAAGCCGGUCGGCUUUAUUUGCUUCAACGCGGAGCUCAACAGCUGCAUGAUGGACGUAGUGGAGGCUGGACAGCGCGCCCUCGUCGACACCGACGGCGCUCACGACACGCUCUGCUUUGGGGCGCACCUCGAGGGAGUGCAGAUCCCGAGCCAAGAGACGCUUGAGGGGUCGUGGGGAUCGGCGAGGCUUGUCUCCGGCGAGGCCAGCACCGAUGUCGCGUUCGGUCUGCUUCUCGGCUGCGAGGGGCGCGGCAGCUCACUCCGCGACGUCCUCUCCACGCCCUCGCUGCAGCAAGACUACGCGCAGACGGCGUUCGUGUGCAGCGUGCGACUGGAGAAGGCAGACGACGGCAACGUGUGCAGCUUCCAGAACUUCUUCCGCGAUGGCAAGAUCAUUGCGCUGCUGCCGACCUCCGAGGACACGGCGAGCAUCGUCUUUAGCACCACGCAGCAGCACGCGAAGGAGCUGCUGGCGAGCACACGAGAGGACCUCGUCGCCGAGCUGAACCGCCGUCUCUCGUCUUUUGCGCCCAACGACAUACCCAGGAUCCGCGACGUGCCGCAGACGACCACGCCAGAUGGAAAGGUGUGCCGCGCGCAGGGAUCCUUCCCGCUUAAGCUAAACCUCGCGACCAUGCCCUACGCCCCACGCGCAAUCCUACUCGGCGACGCGGCCCACGGCAUUCAUCCCCUUGCUGGACAGGGCCUCAACCUUGGCAUCUACGACCUCUGCGCCCUCACGUCGGUGCUGGAGCAGGCGAUCCGCAGCGGCCAGGACAUCGGCAGUAGCAUCGCCGUGGGGCAGGUGUUCGCCGGCCAUAUGCUCAGCCACACCGCACCCAUUAUUACAGGCAUGGAGAUAAUCAAGAAGCUCACGCACUGGACGCCUGGCCUGGCGUCUGUAGGGAUGAGAGCCCUGAAUAGCGCUCCACUCGUCUCCACCUUGGCGAAGGACGCCAUUCUGCAGGUGUCCUCUGGCGCCCUCUUCGCUGCACAGCACAAGUGCUGCUUCCUCCUUCAGUAG